UUUACUCGUUGCUCUCGCCUACUUCUUCUUCUUCUUCUUCUUCUACUCUCUCUCUCUCUGACAAAUUUCGAUCCAACCGAAGGAUUUUGGUGAGUUGAGAGGCGCGCGUGGGGGGAUGGCGAGCCCUGUGGACGCGGCGGGAGAGCCCAUCCCGACGUCGGCGGUGCUGAUGGCGUCCUCGAAGCACAUUGCCACGAGGUGCAGGCCCGAGAACGUGGCGUUCCUCAAGUGCAAGCAGAAGGACCCGAACCCCGAGAAGUGCCUCGAGAAAGGCCGCGAGGUCACUCGCUGCGUGCUCAGUCUGUUGAAGGAUCUUCAUCACAGAUGCACGAAAGAAAUGGAUGCUUAUGUGGGUUGUAUGUAUUACUAUACGAAUGAGUUUGACUCGUGUCGCAAAGAGCAACACGAAUUUGAGAAAGCCUGCCCGUUGGAGUGAUUGACGGGAUGGUGCAAUGAUUAAUAAUCUGCGGCAGUUCGUAUUGAGCAAGACAUUCUUGUCACAAAAAUUUCGGAAGUGCACUGUUUCCUUGAGCCAUUUCUCUUCCAUAAUUUUUCGUUUGUCUAAUACUUUCAAGCUGACUAGCCUUAUCCACCUGUUUCAGGCAUGUAUUAUCACCAUGACUUCAUGGUUGGAAUGAGCGGCAAUUUCUUUUUUA